AUGUUCAACCCAAACCUCGAGGCACUGGACAUUGAUCAAGCUGGAAUCGACGUUCUGUAUGUUCAAGGGAGCAUUUCAGAUCGUUCACUUCUCAUAACCACCGAACAAGAACCCUUGGCGAAGACAUUGGACCAGUCCCCAUCUCUUCGAUCGGCGGUGGGAUCGCGCCGACCUUCAACCCCGUGA